UGGAUUUAAUACUGUGAUUUUAUAUCAGUGGUUAAAAAUAAAAUCUGAAAAGGUGGCUCGAGCCAUACACUCGAGUCUCCUUUUUAUUAAUUUAUUAUGGAUGGUGUAAAUAGAAUGAAUAAACAAAGAAAACGUUCACGAAGCCGAAUGUCAAGGGACAUUAUAUUUGCCACAAAAUUAAAACAACACAAGAGAAAACAAAUUGCUAAAACGAAAAAAUGUAUGUGUCUUCCUUCAAAUUAUGUACACAUUGAAUUUCCCUCAGUUUGGUCCGAACUCAGGACAAAUCAACAACUUUGCGAUGGUGUGAUUCAAUGCGGUGAAAAUAAAAUUUUUCAUAUUCAUCGUGCAAUUUUAUCAGCAGUGAGUCCUUAUUUCAAGGCUCUUUAUACGAAUAGUUUAAAAAAUGGAAAAGCUGAUAUCACUGAAAUUACGAUUGAUAUUGUUCCGGCUACUAUUUUUGAAUUAAUUCUUGAUUUCGCUUAUACUGGUACAUGUAAAAUUACACCUGAGAAUGUCGAACAACUUUUAUCGUAUGCUGAUCAAUUUGAAGUACUUGGCGUCAUUCAAUUAUGUUGUCAAUUUUUAUUGGAAGAAUUAAGACCUGACAAUUGUCUAGGAAUUUUCAAAUUUGCUCGACAUUAUUUUUGUCAAAAUUUGGAGGAAAAGGGACGUAAAUUUAUACGCUGUAAUUUCAAGCAAAUUGUAAAAGAAAGUACCGAAUUAAAAGAUAUUUCAAUUGAAGAAUUGGAAUUAAUUCUACAGGAUGAUGAAUUAAAUGUACGUUAUGAGGAAUUAAUUUUUGAAGCAAUUAAAUUUUGGAUUGAGACAAAAAUUGAUGAGAGAAAAAAAUAUGUACCUCGACUACUUAAUUGUGUUCGAUUUGGUUUUAUGAGUUCCAAAUUCUUUAAUGACGAAGUACUUAAUUGGAAAAUUUUUCAUAACGACAAGGACUAUAAACGAAUUUUACAUCCAAUGAGCACCUAUCUCGCUGGACAGGAUUCGAGGACAAAUGGAGAGUCGGAUUUGAGAAAUCCUUUUUUAAGACCUAGAAUUCCUCAUGAAAUUUUAUUUGCUAUUGGUGGAUGGAGUGCUGGUUCACCAACAAGUUUUAUCGAAACUUAUGAUACCAGAGCUGAUAGAUGGUAUCUUUCAGUAAAUACAGAUGUAAUACCAAGAGCAUAUCAUGGAAUUUGCACUCUUAAUAAUUUAAUUUAUGUUAUUGGUGGAUUCGAUGGUAACAAUCAUUUUAACACUGUUCGUUGUUUUAAUCCAGUUACAAAAGAGUGGAAGGAGAAAGCCUGUAUGUAUCACUCGAGAUGUUACGUCAGUGUUUGCACACAUGACAGAAAAAUCUAUGCUUUGGGUGGAUAUAAUGGUCGAAUUAGAAUGAAUUCCGCUGAACGUUAUGAUCCUGAGAGAAAUCAAUGGGAAAUAAUUCCAUCAAUGCAUCGUCAACGUUCAGACGCUAGUGCAGCAUCGCUUGGAAAAAAAAUUUACAUAGUCGGCGGUUUCAAUGGUCACGAGGUUCUUCAAUCGGCUGAAGUUUUUGACACUGAAACUAAUGAAUGGAGUUAUAUUUGUUCUAUGAAUAUUCCACGAUCCGGUGUUUCGUUAGUGGCAUUUCGCGAUAAUUUAUACGCUCUUGGUGGAUUUAAUGGAUACUUACGACUUAGUUCUGGUGAACGAUUUACUCCCCACAACAAUCAAGGCUGGCAAGAAAUUUCCGAAAUGUUUUGUCCGCGAAGUAAUUUUGCGACUGUUAUUUUGGAUGAUAUGAUUUACGUUAUUGGCGGAUUUAAUGGUUCAACGACUAUUGCUUUUGUUGAAUGUUACGAUGUUGAUGCUAAUGAAUGGUAUGAAGCAUCAGCAAUGAAUUUAAAUAGAAGUGCAUUAGGUGCAUGUGUUGUUGCCGGUUUGGAAAAUGCUCGUGAAUAUUCAUAUUUGAGUAAAGCUCUUAAUCAUGAUCAAGGGAAAAAAUCAUCGAAGAAUCAAGACAGGCCAAAUCAAAGUGGCGAGGGAUCCUCAAUGGUAUUGAAUACUACACGAAGUAUUGGAGAACCACAUCGUCAAAUUGGUCCAAUAGACGGAAUGGCAGAAGGUAUAAAUCAUCCCCUUCCGGGUGAAGAUAUAAAUAAUGAAGAUUUACCUAGAGAACACUAAAAUUAAUUUUAAUGCUCUCUAAAGGUAAAAUUCUUAAAAAAAUUUCCAUAUUUCAAAUUCCCACAUUUACAUUAUAUUUCAUUUUUUCGAGUUUUCUCAAUGUUAACGAUUUAUAUUAAUUAACGCAAAUUACUUUUUAAUGCUCUCCUUCAAGAAAAGCUCUUUUAAAUUUUAUUUUAUAUUUUUUAGACAAUUUUUUUC